AUGGGGUUUAAAUGGGGUAAUGCACAAGAACAUGCUUUUAAAAUGCUUAAAGAUAGGUUAUGUUCUGCUCCAUUAUUACAUUUACUUGAUUUCACUAAAAAUGUUGAGACUGAACGUGAUGCCCCUGGGAUUUGUAUUGGAGUUGUUUUUAUGCAAGAUAAGCAUCCCAUUGCAUAUUUUAGUGAAAAGCUCAAUGGGGCAACAUUGAACUACUCCAUGUAUGAUAAAGAACUAUAUGCCUUGGUGAGGGCAUUCCAGACGUGGCAACACUACUUGUGGCCUAAAGAAUUAGUGAUCCACUCUAAUCAUGAAUCAUUAAAACAUUUGAAGGGGCAAGGAGACAUACGGUAUGGUGCUUUAGACACCGGUGCUGACCUUGGCAAUAGAUCCACGGUAAAUUCAAUCUCUCGGUCUGGUUGUAAGCCAGUGCAUAUACCCUCGUCGGCACUGUGUUCCUCUGCUAGCCUCCACGAGGAGCUUGAUGACCACCUCAGUUUGGUAUGGGAUCUGGUGCAUAAAUCGACAGCAUCUAACAUGAUCGAGCCAUAUGGUCAGGUCUCUCACAGUGGUAGUAGAAAUUCUCCCCUAACUGACACUCACCUGGAUGUCUCCAUCCACAUCUGGGGGCAAAUGGGAUAA